ACAGACUCGGAGGGAAGAGAGGAGCCCCCACUGACCUCUGGCCCAAGUGGACCUCCAGGUGAUUCCCAAAGACAUCAACAAACCCAACAGACAGACUCAGAGAAGAAGAGAGAGGAUCCCCCACUGACCUCUGGUCCAAGUGGACCUCCAGAAACUCCUGCUGCAAAGUGUCGACGUAAACUCAAGUCUAACCUGCAGGAGAAGUUCCAGUGUCUGUUUGAGGGGAUCGCUAAAGCAGGAAACCCAACCCUUCUGAAUCAGAUCUACACACCGCUCUACAUCACAGAGGGAGGGACUGCAGAGGUCAAUGAUGAACAUGAGAUCAGACAGAUUGAAACAGCAACCAGGAAACAAGACAGACCAGAAACAACAAUCAGACAAGAAGACAUCUUUAAAGCCUCACCUGGAAGAGAUAAACCAAUCAGAACAGUGAUGACAAAGGGAGUGGCUGGCAUUGGGAAAACAGUCUUAACACAGAAGUUCACUCUGGACUGGGCUGAAGACAAAGCCAACCAGGACAUAGACUUCACAUUUCCAUUCACUUUCAGAGAGCUGAAUGUGCAGAAAGAGAAAAAGUACAGCUUGGUGGAACUUGUUCAUCACUUCUUUACUGAAACCAAAGAAGCAGGAAUCUGCAGGUUUGAAGAGUUCCAGGUUGUGUUCAUCUUUGACGGUCUGGAUGAGUGUCGACUUCCUCUGGACUUCCACAACACUGAGAUCCUGACUGAUGUUACAGAGUCCACCUCAGUGGAUGUGCUGCUGACAAACCUCAUCAGGGGGAAACUGCUUCCCUCUGCUCGCCUCUGGAUAACCACACGACCUGCAGCAGCCAAUCAGAUCCUUCCUGAGUGUGUCAGCAUGGUGACUGAGGUCAGAGGGUUCACUGACCCACAGAAGGAGGAGUACUUCAGGAAGAGAUUCACAGAUGAGGAGCAGGCCAGCACCAUCAUCUCCCACAUCAAGACAUCACGAAGCCUUCACAUCAUGUGCCACAUCCCAGUCUUCUGCUGGAUGACUGCUACAGUUCUGCAGUCCACCAUGAAAAGCAGAGAGGGAGGAGAGCUGCCUAAGACCCUGACUCAGAUGUACCUCCGCUUCGUGUUGCUUCAAUCCAAAGUCAAAAACAACAAGUAUGAUGGAGGAGCUAAAAAAUAUUUACACUGGAGUCCAGAGAACAAGAAGAUGAUUGAGUCUCUGGGAAAACUGGCUUUUGAGCAGCUGCAGAAAGGCAACCUGAUCUUCUAUGAAUCAGACCUGACAGAGUGUGGCAUCGAUAUCAAAGCAGCCUCAGUGUGCUCAGGAGUGUUCACAGAGAUCUUUAAAGAGGAGGACUGUGGGAUGUUUCCGGUGUUCUGCUUCAUCCAUCUGAGUGUUCAGGAGUUUCUGGCUGCUCUUCAUGUCCAUCUGACAUUCAUCAAGUCUGGAGUCAAUCUGCUGGCAGGAAACACAAUCAUAUCCUGGUUCACUGAAAUGCUUAGGAGCAAAUCAACAUGUUUCUACCAGAGUGCUGUGGACGAGGCCUUAAAGAGUCCAAAUGGACACCUGGACUUGUUCCUCCGCUUCCUCCUGGGUCUUUCACUGCAGACCAAUCAGACUCUCCUACGAGGUCUGAUGACACAGACAGGAAGUAGCACAUACGCCAAUCAGGAAACAGUCGAGUACAUCAAGAAGAAGAUCAGUGAGAAUGUGUCUGCAGAGAGAAGCAUCAAUCUGUUCCACUGUCUGAAUGAACUGAAUGAUCGUUCUCUAGUGGAGGAGAUCCAACAGUACCUGAGAUCAGGAAGUCUCUCCACAGAUAAACUGUCUCCUGCUCAGUGGUCAGCUCUGGUCUUCAUCUUACUGUCAUCAGAAGAAGAUCUGGACGUGUUUGACCUGAAGAAAUACUCUGCUUCAGAGGAGGCUCUUCUGAUGCUGCUGCCAGUGAUCAAAGCCUCCAAAAAAGCUCUGCUGACUGACUGUAACCUCUCAGAGAGAAGCUGUGCAGCUCUGUCCUCAGUUCUCAGCUCCCAGUCCUCUAGUCUGAGAGAUCUGGACCUGAGUAACAACAACCUGCAGGAUUCAGGAGUGAAGCAGCUUUCUGCUGGACUGGAGAAUCCACACUGUACACUGGAAACUCUCAGGCUGACUGACUGUAACCUCUCAGAGAGAAGCUGUGCAGCUCUGUCCUCAGUUCUCAGCUCCCAGUCCUCUAGUCUGAGAGAUCUGGACCUGAGUAACAACAACCUGCAGGAUUCAGGAGUGAAGCAGCUUUCUGCUGGACUGGAGAGUCCACACUGUACACUGAAGACUCUCAGCCUGUCAGGAUGUCUGAUCACAGAGGAAGGCUGUGCUUCUCUGGCCUCAGCUCUGCGGGACAACCCCUCCCAUCUGAGAGAGCUGGACCUGAGCUGCAAUCAUCCAGGAGACUCAGGAGAGAGGAUCCUGUCUGCUGCACUGGAGGAUCCACACUGGAGACUGGACACUCUCAGCCUGCAGCCUGCUGGAGUCCGAUGGUUGACACCAGGUCCUUGGAGGUAUUUCUGUGAACUGGAACUGGAUCCAAACACAAUGAACAGAAAACUCAAACUGUCUGAUAACAAAAGGAAGGUGACACUUGUGGAGGAGGUUCAGUCACAUCCUGAUCAUCCAGACAGAUUUGAUUACUGGCCUCAGCUGCUGUGUAGAAAUGUUCUGACUGGUCGCUGUUACUGGGAGGUCGAGUGGAGCGGAAAGGUUGAUGUAUCAGUGAGUUACAGAAGAAUCAGCAGGAAAGGAAACAGUGAUGACUGUUUGUUUGGAAUGAACGAUCAGUCCUGGAGACUGAUCUGCUCUGAUGGUGGUUACUCUGUCUGUUACUCUGUCUGGCACAAUAAGACAGAAACACGCAUCUCCGCCUCCCCCUCCUCCUCCUCCUCUGUCUCUAACAGAGUAGCAGUGUAUGUGGACUGUCCUGCUGGCACUGUUUCCUUCUACAGAGUCUCCUCUGACACACUGAUCCACCUCCACACCUUCAACACCACAUUCACUGAACCUCUGUAUGCUGGGUUUGGGGUCUACUGGUCUGAUUCCUCGUUGUCUCUGUGUGGUUUGUAGGAAGGAGAGUCUCCUCCUGUCAGAGAAACGUUCUCAUGUUAUUUAGUACCAACCUGAUCUCUCACUGGUUGUAAAUAGAGUUUGUAAAGCCAACAUGGUUUCCACAUGACUGACAGUUAGUUAGUCAGUCACAUAUAUCCACAUUUAAAAAGCUGUAAAACAGAAGCUGAUUUUCUCAGAGCAGAUAUCUCAGUCUGUUAGAGGACUGUUUGGAGGUUGGGAGGUCGUGGCUUUGAUCCUUAUGAGUCUCAGUCAAUGUUCAAGUCCAACACCCAAAGUGAAACUCAGAAGCUCUCAGAGAGAAAACCACCAGCGGCUCAAAGUUUACUGAAACGUCAAGUUGUGAGCGAGCUUUUUAAACAUGUUGGAAGAGUUUAGCCACUAACUAUAACACACAUAAUGACAGGAAGUAUCUGCUGGCCUAUAGAGGAACUUUGUUCUUUCUCCUCUUAUUUGCUUUUUUAGCUUCUUGUUCAAUGACUUGUUUUUUUAAUCAUAUAGUGGAUUCAGAAACCAACAUGUUUUUAUGUGUCUCUACUGGAUGUGCAUGUACAGCUGUCAAUCAACAUGAUGAUUCAUCCAUUCAUCCAUUCAUAGUUUUGUCUCUAAAAUGUCAGAAAAUAGUCAAAAUAUUGUGAUUUUUAAUCAUUCAGUAUUUUUAGCUGCUAACAUUCAGUAUCAGCAGCAGAUGACUUUAAUGUCUUGGAUGAAAAGACAGAAAGGAGAAGUGAGUCGGCUUAUUCAGUAGAAACGCUGACUGAGCUAACGGACACUUUAGCUUUAUCAACUGGUCCCAAGUCUGCGUCCCCAAAAGUAGCCUAAGCCUGAACACACACACACACUCAACACACUCCACAAGA